AUGAUAAAGACAGUGGUGACUGGACUUUUGUGCGCUGCAGCUGCGCUAACUGCCGGAAUCCUGAUUGGACACUACGGCAUCGACAAAAGUAGCGACUCCGCGCCGUCCUGGGUGAAGGAUGUGUCCAAGGAUGUGGAUGAGAACUUGCUCGAGGAGCUUUUGUCCCAGGUGGACAACAACCGCAUUCAGGAAAACCUCAGGGAGUUGAGCAAAACUCCUCACAUGGCCACCACAGUCGGAGACGAGCAAACGGUGCAGUUGAUGCUGAACAGAUGGAGGGAUCCAGAAACGGGUCUGGACCGGGUGUGGAGGGAGGAAUACAUGGUCUACCUGUCCUUUCCUGAUCCCGACAAGCCCAAUAAAGUCACUGUUGUGAACGCGUCCAAUGCCGUGCUGCACACGGUCAGGGAGAAAGAGAAGGCUUACACUGCGGACCAGGAGGAUCCUGCUGUGGUUCAAUCCUAUGCUGCGUAUUCUCCUGCAGGGCAAGUACAGGGCAAACUUGUUUACGCCAACUACGGAUCAGCAUAUGACUACUGGCUGCUGAACCAGACAAUGAACCUCAAAGACACUAUCGCCAUCACAAAAUACGGUGGCACUGGGAGAGCAGACAAAGCCAUCAACGCGGCUCCCUACGGUAUCAGCGGCGUGCUCGUCUACACGGACCCAUUGGACAUGAACGACGGCUUCAUGUCGGAUAACAACGAGACAUAUCCGCAUUCUUGGUACAUGCCCCCUUCGGGCACGGAGAGAGGCGCGUUUUCCUCGAUUUAUGGCGAUCCGCUCACUCCAUAUUUGGCUGCCAAAGAAAAAACGUACAGAAUUCCAGAGGAGAAGAUCACUGGGAUUCCUCCCAUUCCCAUUCAACCCAUCGGCUAUGAAGAUGCCUACACGUUAAUCUGUGAGCUGGGUGGAGGACAAGCUCCAGUGGAGUGGCAAGGAGCUUUUAACUGCACAUAUAACGUUGGCGGUCCGGGCUUUCGACCCUCUUCUGCUUUCAACAACAGUGACGUGAAGCUGGCCGUAUUCAACAAUGGCCAGUUGAAGAACUCCUCCAAUGUGAUGGGAGUCAUCAGGGGCAGCGUGGAACCCGACAGAUACGUGAUCUACGGCAACCACAGGGACAGUUGGGUUCACGGCGCCAUCGACCCGGGCAGCGGGACGUCCGUCAUGCUGGAGCUGACUCGUGUGCUCGGCAAGGCGCUCAAGCAAGGCAAAUGGAGGCCUCGUCGGUCCAUUAUAUUUGCGAGCUGGGGGGCAGAGGAGUUUGGUCUCAUUGGGUCCAGUGAAUACACUGAGCAAUAUCUCACCAAGCUCAGCGAACGCACGGUGGCUUAUAUCAACGUGGAUGUUGCCGUUCAAGGCAACGCUUCUCUCCAAGCAUCAGGAAUGCCAUCGCUACAGAACGUCAUCUUCAAAGCCGCCAAGCAGGUCAAGGCUCCUGGAAUGGAUUCGAUGUCUGUGUAUGACAAGUGGAUCCGCUAUGCGAAUAGGACAAGCCCGGUCUAUGGACCCAUUCCCAGUUUUGGGUACUUGACAGGAGCCGGAAGCGAUUACGCCCCUUUCGUGCACUACCUUGGAAUCACUUCCUUGGAUAUUUCAUACACUUUUGACAGGACUAAAACAAGAUCUCGGAUUUACCCGGCGUAUCACACUGCAUAUGACACAUUCGACUACUCCGCCAAGUUUAUUGAUCCUGGGUUCUACAUCCACCAGGCCGUCGGCAAAACCGCCGGGAGCGUCCUGGUGCGACUGGCCGACAGUCUGGUGUUGCCGUUAAACUGCAGCGACUACGCGGAGAGUCUUGAGGACUACCUUAGCGUGGCUUUGCUGAUUUAUGAAGACCAGCUCCUUGCUCACAAUAUCUCCAUGGAACCAAUCAAACGUGCAGUGGCCAACUUCCGCAGUGCAGCUUCCAACUUAGACAAAGUCAUUCGAAGCUCAGAUCUGGCAAAUGAAACGCCACUGAAGGUACGAAAGAUUAAUGACCAGCUCAUGCUGCUGGACCGAGCGUUUUUGAACCCCGUGGGGUCCCCAAGUAAAUUCAGACACGUCAUCUGGGCGCCACUCGAAGUCACCAUGAACACCUUCCCCGGUUUGAGCGACACUUACGUCCAAGCUAUGUCCUCGGGAACACCCGCCGCCUGGUCCCAAGUGCAUCUCCUCGUGUCAGUCAUGAGCCAGGCCAUUGACGGUGCCGCCCAGAUGCUGCUUGAUGUCAUAUAGAUCACAACAGACUGUCAAGAAACAAGCACUUCCUGUAUAAAAAUGC